ACGCGUCCUCCCGUCAACCAAUCACAGGGCAGGAGCGAAGAUGGCGGAAUCAGAGAUGAGCGUCAGGACCUGUCGAGAAUUAUGGACCAUACUGCUGGGGAGGUCAGCACUGCGAGAACCGGAUCAGAUACAAGUAGAGCUUGACAGACACUGGGACAGACUGCAUCAAGGAUUAAGUUACUAUCAGAAACCCAGUCCAUCAUCUGCUGGGAAAGUGAAAGAUGACAAAGUUGUUCCUGAGUCUCUGAAGGACUUCGGUCUAAGAAUCAGUACAUUUUUGAGUCUUGAUCAGCAGCAGAGUGUUCAGCUUUUACAGUGCUAUCUACAAGAGGACUACAGAGGGACCCGUGAUUCAUUAAAGGUUGCUCUCAAGGAUGAGCGACAGAGUCAGACACUGCUGUUUAAGAUAGCUGACUAUUAUUAUGAGGAACGCAUGUGCCUGCUCAGGUGUGUUCUCCUCCUGUUGACGUACUUUCAGGAUGAGCGACAUCCGUAUCGGUCUGAAUACAGUAACUGUGUUAAUAAGCUGGAGAAAGAUUUAGUGAGCAACUAUCAGUCGCAAUUUGAGAAUCUCUUCAAGGCAGAGGCACCAACAUGGGAAACUCAUGGAAACCUCAUGACAGAGAGACAAGUAUCGCGAUGGUUCCUGCAGUGUUUGAGAGAGCAGUCUCUGCUGCUAGAGAUCAUCUUUCUGUAUUAUGCAUACUUUGAGAUGAGCCCAUCAGACCUUUUGAGCUUUACCAAAAUGUUCAAAGAACAAGGCUUUGGUUUGCGGCAGACCAACAGACAUCUAGUAGACAAGAGCAUGGAUGCGCUGGUCGACAGAAUUGGUUAUUUAAGCUGUCUCAUCCUGGUCGAGGGAAUGGACAUAGACUUCCUACAGAAGUGUGCUCUGGAGGAUUCUACAGAACAGCACCAAUUCUCUUCUGCACCUGAAAUCAUUAAGGAGAUGGAUCAGCUCCUGCUGACAUUUGGUGACAUCCCUCAUCAUGGACCUGUGCUGCUAGCCUGGGUCCUGCUGAGACACACACUGAGACCAGACGAGUCCAGCCCUGUGAUCAGGAGGAUAGGCAACACUGCCCUGCAGUUGGGGGUGUUCAAGUACCUUUCCACUAUGCUGAAAGGCCUUGGAGUAUCAGGGAAUAAUUGUACAGCAAGCACAGCGAAGAUGUGUGUCUACGGCCUCCUUUCAUUCGUGAUCACUUCCUUUGAGGAAGAAAGCUUGCAGACUGAAGGUGCUGCGACACAGAGUUCCCACCUGAUUGAUGCUGCCUGUGAGGUCCUGUCUGCUCCCAGUCUGGCUGAAGUCUUUUGGGAAAUGAAACCAAACAUGGGAUUGGGGAUGGUCCUGGACAGUGCAGUUGGGAUGUUUCCUCAUAAGAUAGGACCUUUACUGCAGCUUUUAACCGCACUUGUGUCAAACAAGUCAACUGUAAAAAAGGUUUACAUCUUUCUGGAUAAGAUGUCCUUUUAUACACAAGUUUACAAACGUAAGCCCAGGGAUGUUACCUCCAAUGACGAAGAGACACUGUGGAGGAGAGAAACUCCAAAACUCCUCUACCCUUUGGGUUCAGGCCAGACUAAUCUGUGGAUGCCACAGGGAGUCCUGGGCCAGGUGAUGAUUGCAGGUGAGCAGGGCUGCAUGGUGCGGUGGGAUUACUCCUACAGCUCCUGGACUCUCUUUACCUGUGAGGUGGAGAUGCUGCUACAUGUUGUUUCAACUGCAGAUGUUAUAGCUCACUGUGCUCGAGUGAAACCCAUCCUGGACCUGGUCCAUAAGAUCAUCAGCACAGACUGGACUGUGUCUGAUUGUCUGCUACCUCUCACUUCACGCAUCUACAUGUUGCUGCAGAGGUUGACUUCAGUCAUCAACCCCCCAGUAGAUGUGAUUGCAUCCUGUGUGAACUGUCUCUCUGUACUUGCUGCAAGGAUGCCAGCAAAGGUGUGGUCCAGUCUGCAUCACACUGGUUUCCUCCCCUUUGCCUCCAACCCUUUGAGCAACAUGGCUCAGUGUGUCAGUGCUGAGGGGAUGAAGGCAGGUAACUAUGGCAACCUGCUUGUCCAGAUUGAACAGCCAAGAGGGGAGUAUGCUGUGACGAUAGCGUUUCUUCGUCUCAUUACCACUCUGGUUAAGGGUCAACUUGGAAGCACUCAGAACAAAGGUCUCAUCCCCUGUGUCCUGCUGGUCUUAAAGGAGAUGCUGCCCACGUACCAUAAGUGGCGUUACAAUACCUACGGAGUCAGAGAGAGAAUAGGUUGUCUCAUAUUGGAGCUGAUCCAUGCAAUUCUCAACCUGACUCCAGAGGAAGAGGAUCAGGGCAGCACUCCCACCCUGCAGUCUCUCUGCAUCUACAGCCUGGCAAAUACAGAAGCUGGACAGGCCGUUGUGAACAUCAUGGGCGUCGGAGUGGACACUAUAGAUGUGGUCCUGGCUGCACAGCCCAGCAGCUGUGGCUCUGAGGGUCCAGGUCAGAUCCUGAUCCAGACCGUCAAACUGGCCUUUUCUGUUACAAACAACGUGAUCCGUCUGAAACCGCUUUCUGAUGCCAUGUCCCCCCUGGAGCAGGCACUGACACAGCACGGUGGUCACGGCAGCAAUAUCAUAGUUGUUCUGGCCAAAUAUAUUUACCACAAACACGAUCCAGCACUCCCUCGCCUCGCCAUCCAGCUGCUCAAAAGGCUUGCCACAGUGGCCCCGAUGUCUGUCUACGCUUGCCUUGGCAGCGAUGCAGCAGCUAUCAGGGAUGCGUUCCUCACUCGAUUGCAGAGCAAGACUGAAGACAUGAGGAUCAAGGUCAUGAUCUUGGAGUUCCUCACUGUUGCUGUGGAAACCCAGCCAGGCCUCAUUGAGCUGUUCCUCAAUCUGGAAGUGAAAGAUGGAAGUGAAGGUUCAAAGGAGUUCUUGCUGGGUGAGUGGAGCUGUCUUCACGUGGUGUUGGACCUGAUCGACUCCAAACAGCAGGGGAAGUACUGGUGUCCGCCGCUGCUGCACCGAGCAGCGCUGGCAUUCCUCUUGGCCCUGUGGCAGGAUCGCAGAGAUAGUGCCAUCUCUGUGUUGCGGACCAAAGAAAGAUUCUGGGAAAAUUUGACAACACCUCUUUUUGGAACCCUCACUCCGCCUUCAGACACCACAGAGCCAUGUGUCCUGGAGACUUGUGCCUUUGUCAUGAAAAUAAUUGGCCUGGAGAUCUAUUACGUCGUCAGUGGUUCCUUGGAGCAGUCUCUGAAGGAUGGGCUUCAAAGGUUCUCAAAUGCUCGCCGUUAUGAGUACUGGUCCCAGUAUGUGAAGUCACUGGUGUGCCAUGUGGCAGAGAUGGAGGAAGAAGGCAUCUGCUACUUCACAGAAACACAAAUGCUGAUCUCUGCUUGGCGCAUGUUGCUGAUUCUUUCCACCAGCCACGCCGAUGUGAUGCAGCUGACGGAGGACUCGACCAAGCUGAAGCUUUUCAUGGACGUCCUGGAUGGGACUAAAGCUGCUCUCACCACACCCAUGUCUGUGCCGUGUCUUCGUCUUGGAUCCAUGAUGGCCACGUUACUAGUCAUCCUCAUGAAACAGUGGAGAAGUGUUGUCGCAGCAGCUCCUGACAUCCUGUCUCCCCUCGCCCUGAUCCUGGAGAGCGUCUUGCAAGUUGACCAGCAGAUGAUGGAGAGAACCAAAGCCAAAAUCUUCUCUGCACUCAUAUCUGUGCUGCAGAUUCAGGGACUCAAUGGUGGAGAUAUUUCCCAGCUGCCCCAGCUACUGUCAAGCGUGUGUGAAACGGUUAAAGACGAGGCGUUGGCGCUCAUUGACAGCACUCGUCACAUGAGCCUGGGGGGAGAGAUGGUGGAGGACGAGGACAACAUGGAGACGGAGUCUCCUCGAGGCCCACAGAAAGACCAGAGAGACGGGGUGGGCGUCCUUGCACUCCACUUAGCAAAGGAGCUGUGCCGCAACGAUGAGGACGGUGAACACUGGGUCUCUGUGAUGAGGAAGGUCCCGGUCCUGCCCUCGGUCCUAAGUGCUGUCGAGCUCAGCCUGCGCUCCAAACACAAUCUGUACUUCACCGAGGCUGCACUUCACCUGCUGCUCACACUGGCCCGGACUCCUCGGGGGGCAGCAGCUGUCGCUGGGGCAGGAGUCAUCCAGACUAUCUGUCUCCCUCUUCUGAGCGUAUACGAGGCCUCGUCAAAUGGUGCAUCGCAGAGUUUUACCCGGAGGUCCCAGGAUUCUGCCUGUUGGCCUGGCGUGUAUCGCCUCUGCUUGUCUUUAAUGGAGAGUCUUCUCAAGACUCUGCGCUACAACUUCAUCAAUGAAGCCCUGGACUUUGUGGGAGUACAUCAAGAACGUAUAUUACAGUGUCUGAACGCAGUGCGCACAGUGCAGAGCCUGGCCUGUCUGGAUGAGGCAGAUCACACCGUUGGAUUCCUGCUGCAGCUCUCCAGCUUCUGUAAGGAGUGGCAGUUUCAUCUCCCCAACCUGCUCAGAGACAUCCAGGUGAACCUUUGUUACCUGUGCCAGACCUGCACGUAUCUGCUCCACAGCAAAAAGAUGCUCCAUCACUACCUCCAGGCCAAAAAUGGGGAGGCGAUGCCCCCGGGACCCCUUGCCAGGACGCAACGGCCCUCACAGACCCUAAAUAAAGAGUCGGGGAGUGGAGGAGCAGACAAGGAGGAGGCUGAGCAGAAGGCCCUGCUGGCCGUGCAGUGCAGCCUGCUGAAGAUCCUCAGCAAAACUCUGGCAACUCUGCAGCACUUCACUCCAGACUGCUGCCAGAUACUCCUGGACCAGUCCAUGGACCUGACUGAGUACAGGACCCUGUUCGUACUUAGCUUCACCACUCCAGCGUUUGACCCUGAUGUGGCUCCUUCAUUUGGGACCCUGCUGGCCACCAUCAACGUGGCCCUGAGCAUGCUGAGUGAGAUGGAGAAGAAAAAAGAGCCCGUCUCUCUGACCAUAGCUGCAUUGGCUUCAUCAGAUGAGCUCCAGGCCCUGAAGUCAUUGCUAAUGUUCACUAUGGAGAACUGUUUCUACGUGCUCAUCUCUCAGGCUGUUCGCUGUCUCAAAGAUCCUUCCAUCAUCCCUCGAGACAAGCAGAGACUUAAACAAGAGCUCAGCUCUGAACUGAGCACUCUUCUCUCCAGCCUGUCCCGCCACUUCCGGAGGGGCUCUCCAUCCUCUCCAGCCAGUGGCAUCCUCCCCUCUGCCCAGUCCAAGCCCCCUCUUUCCAGCUCCAAGAUGAGCCACGAAGGCCAGGAGCCCGUCAUUCAGCUUGUUCAGGCCUUCCUCAGACUCGUGCAGAGAUAAAUGUGGAAUUUGCUCUUAAUAUACAUUUAAAAAAAAUGGGCAGGUUUUAAUUCUUCCUCCCCAAAAACAUAAUUUCAUAACCGUGACAAACCAGAGACAAAAUUCUGGUGACAUGUCCUCUUUUCUGUCUUUUGAGGUAAACAAAGUUGAAGUAUUACUGGUGCCAGAAGUCCAAGUGAGGAAAAAAAGCCAAAUCUAUUGAAAGUGAACUGAGAGCGUGGUGCUACCCAACAUCAGUCGCUGACUGUGCUCCAUCUUUUUUUUUUCCAGGCCUAGUUUUAUAGGUCACAGUGACCAGACUUUUUUAAAGUGCUUCUUAAAUAAAUACUCUCUAACUAAAUGUAGUAGAAAUUAUUGUUGUGCUUCAUUUUACAUUGAAUCUUGAGCUAUUUUUGCAUUUGUUGUGUACCCAUGCUCUGAAGUUGCUGCCAAGAUUUACAGUUAAAAACAAAAUGCAUAUACUAAUAAAGGGACUUUUGUACCACA